AAUAGAGUCCGGAUAGGGUCUUACACCCUUGCCCUACUCAAACCAACCUAACCAAAAAAAGCACCACAAGACAACCACCAUCUCUAUCUUCCCCCUUUUCUCUCAACUGUCGUGUCGGUUUAUAAGAUCCCCAAAUCGUUACUCUUUCCCUACCCUAAAUAUUUGCUCAGACUUUUCCGAUCAGGUCUCAGCAAUUUAUAUAACUUCACUCUCCAAUUCGCAGUUCAUUAUCCAAAGCCUAGUUUUCAUGUCUGAUCUUGACAUCCAAAUUCCUGCUGCUUUUGAUCCUUUUGCUGAUGCAAAUGCUGAGAACUCCGGUGCUGGGUCAAACGAGUAUGUGCACAUCCGUGUACAACAAAGGAACGGUAGAAAGAGUCUGACUACAGUACAAGGGUUGAAAAAAGAAUUUAGCUAUAACAAGAUACUGAAAGACCUCAAGAAAGAGUUUUGCUGUAAUGGUACCGUGGUUCAGGACUCAGAACUAGGCCAAGUGAUUCAAUUGCAGGGUGAUCAGCGGAAGAAUGUGUCUACCUUCCUGGUUCAGGCCGGCAUUGUGAAAAAAGAGCACAUAAAGAUACACGGUUUCUGAGUUGCAACAGACUUCGAUUUAUACGUGUUAUUUGUUCUGUGUCACUAUAUGAAAGCGAAGUUGUGGACUUCUCGACCUAGCGUAUAUUUGUAGUGUGUGUGAUGUGUAACUGUGUCCGGAUUGACGGUCAUUUAGUGUGAUAUUUCUGGUGAUUUCCAAGCUUUAAGUUCAUGUGAAUACAAUACUUUUUAGCGUUAUCAUAAAGUUUGAGGUGUGGCAAUGGGCUUGGCCUGCUCUUCAUGGAUUGAUA